UGCUUAGGGCAUAAUUUCCCCUUGGCGGGAGAAAGAGAGAGAGUUGGGAAAGUCGUUCCACUCAGUCACACGCUCUCUCUCCUUCCUCCCUCUAAAAUCAUUGUAUUUGAUCAGGCAAAACGACGCCGUUUUGCAAUGGCGAAGAAGGUAGCGACCAGGAGAGAGCUCCUGGUCCGAUGGAGAGGCAUCGAGGAAGUCAUCGGCGAUGGCGGCGACGACGUUUUGCCCGACACUCCAAAACGGCGCCGUCUCCAGCGCCUGAAAGAGGACUGGUUUUCAGAUGCAUUUAACUUCUUGAUUGAUUUACCUAGUGAAGAUCAUAUUUGGUGUGGCUCCUGGGAGUUAAUGGGGCCUCUUUUGGAAACUUUCUAUAAUUACUCAACCGAUGAGUCUAAUGAUUCUCCUCUCAAACUUUUAUGGAAGAGGAUGUCUGUAGAAAUGCGGAAAUGCACACUAUGCAUCUCUCAGCAUCAUCAAGCUCAAGAUAUGUACAGUAUGGAGUAUGAUUCCAGUUCCAUUAGUCCCCUUCUUUCAGUGCUUCGAAGCCUUGAUGAAGAAAGGGUUGGUCAGCACUUGAAAGAGAUCAAUGCAAGAUUAGCUGGGGGAGAAUAUAUCCCUGAGCGUGACAAUGCUGAAGUUGUUAGUGUCAUGUUUGAGGUUUUGACAUUCCCCUGCCUGUUCGAUGACCAGUCCUUGGUCACUGAGUUUCAAAUAUUUAUUGAAACAAUCGAUGAUAAGCAUGAACUGACUUUGGAAGGACAUCAACAAUACCCUGGUGUUUAUGCAUUAUUUUUCUUUAAAAGAAGAGUACGUACCAUUGGUCAUCGCUUGGCUGGAUAUCUUGGAAAAUUAAGGGAAGCAACAGAAUUGGAACCCUUGCAGCCGUUUCUCAAGAAAUGCAUUGGCCUUUUGGAGACAGAUGUUUUACCAUCAACUUUUGAGACCUCAAGACCAAGAGUGCAGCUGGAGCGUAUAUCUGUAUGGCUUGGAAUCAAAGCAUUGCUUGGGUUCUUAGAGCCUCCAGCAUUAGAAGAAGGCAUAUUGGAACGCUAUCCAAUAUUCUUUAGUAUUGUACUCAAUCAUAUCAGUGAUGAUUCACUAGAAUUUUCUCAUGCGGUUGUUUGUUUGAGACUGCUUUUUGAAAUGCUUGGAUAUAAGCUUUGGUUGAGGUCUACAUUAUCUCCAACUGUGAUGCGCAACACAUUACUGAGUCAGUGUUUUCAUACCCAAAAUGAGAAGAGCCAUAAAGAAAUUUUUGAUCUUUUUCAGCCUUUUCUGCAGUCUCUUGAAGCUUUGCAAGAUGGGGAACAUGAACAACAACGAAGGCAUUUUAUUUACUUUCUUCUUCAUCAAGUAAAUGUGAGCAGGAACUUCAGUUCUCUAAUGAGAAAAAAGGCUUGCCAGAUAGCUCUUCUUAUUAUACUCCGAGGUUAUAAAAUGAAUCCUCCGUCUCCACCCUUUGAAUGUGCACAUAUGUGGGGCCCUUCUCUUGUUUCAUCUCUGAAAGAUUCUUCACUUGAGAAUUCUCUGCGACGGCCUGCCUUUGAUCUUAUUGAAACUCUUAUUGUGUCUGAUGCUGCUGCCUUGGUAACCUCAAUGCUGAAUUGCUGCAAGCAUCCCAGUAUUGACCAAAGCAUGAUUAUUGAGUUGGAUGACGAGGAAGAUGAUGAUGAGCUUCCUUUUGUCCUUGAUGUUGAAGAGAAACAUUCUAGUUCUUGGAGUGAAUACAGUGAACAGAGUAAAAUCACCUCUCAAGACUGUAGAAGGUGGAGGUGCAUUCCGAUGUUAUGGCUUGAAGUUUUAGUUGAAAUCAAUCCCUCGGUCCUCCCAAUAUCAGUCUCUAAGGCUGUUUUCUGGGCUCGUUCUCGUUUUGCUUUAGUAGAACCUGAAAAGAAUGCAGAAAUGGAAGUUCCUGUUAAGAAUUGGCUGUCUUUCUCUGCAAAAGAAAUCUCAUCUUCAUUUGGAUGGAAGGUUCCAACUGGUUCGGAUGAUGGUGGGGAUGGGAAGGAGUCCCAAAACUCGAUGAAAGUGUCAACAAUGUGUAUCCCUUUAAUAAGAACAUUUAAGAGGUUGACUGCGCAUUAUAUAGUUCAAAUGGAGCAAGAAGAGCUUCGGAAACAGUGGAUUUGGGAACCAAGGAUGGGGGAGAGCUUGAUCCUUUUGCUUCUGGAACCCAAUGAUAAUGUGAGACAAGUUGGCAAGUGUCUCUUGGAACAAGUUUCAAACAUGCGUGGCCUUGCCCACUGUUUGCAGUUCCUUUGCUCCUGCACGCUGUCUAUGUCAGCCACUUAUAAUGGCCUGAGACAUGCUUUGAGACUGGUCCAAGUGGAUUCAGUCCUAUUAAAUUUUGAGACUUUACACCAUUUCUUCUUUGUUUUAUGCAAACUACUCAAAGAAGGGGUUAUAUGUACCUCAGAUCCACAAAGGCAUUCAUCUGGUAUCAAAAAUAUUUCAAAGUUCUCCUCACAAGGAGGAUUCUUGAGGCAGCCAGCAUUUGAUUCUUUUCCUGAAAAUGUUAAUGGACAUUCAUCAGUGGAUGACUCAAAAUCUCGGGAGAAGUUCAGUUGCUUAUUAUCAGAAAUUACAUGGCCCUUUAUACGCAAGUGCUUGGUUGAAGGAAAGGCAUUUGUUGAUUAUAAAAUCUCUCAGCUCACUUGUGCCCGCUUACUUGAGAUCCUCCCUGUUGUUUUUGAAAAACUUCAACUAUCAUUUCAUAACCUGGAUGGAAGUUCUGGGAUGAUGGUAGAAAAUGUAGUUGACUUUAAAUGGCUUCUGGAUUUGAUGGACUGGGGAAAGUCAAGAGUUCCAGUGAUAGCCAGAUAUUGGAGACAAACUAUGAUUUCAUUGCUACAUUUACUUAAAGGGUCAUGCAGCGAUAAGUCCGCAUCGUUUAUUAGGGCCAUUGAAAAUCUUAUUUCAUGUGAUAGCCUUAUGAUGGAUGAAUUGACGGAACAAGUAGCUCACCUUUCCGUUUCAUUAUCGAAUGAAGCUUCUUGUAUUGUUGGAAAGACAGACUUGAAGUCAAAAGCUUUUUUCUCUGAGGAUUCAUCCUUUGAGAGACAGCACUCAGCUUCAGAUUUGCAACCUUUUGCCUCAGACGACAUGGAUGUGCAGAUUCUGGAUUCAGUAACUGUAUCUAACAAAAUGGAUAACAACAGUGUAAUUAUUCUUUCAGAUGAUGAAACAGAAAAACAAAUUUCUUCCAAUAAGGUCAUCCUAUCUGACAAUGAGUUAAGUCACUGCAUGGUGCAUGGCAAGCCUGUGGCGCCUGGUGCUGAUAAAGAAGCAUCACAAGAUGACCUUGCAAGGAAGAGUAUUUCUGAAUAUGACACCUCAAAGCAAUUUUUGGAGGCUUUCCAGCAAAGAGAUGAUUCAGAUACUUCUGGUCUUGCUUCUCAGAAGCAGGAAUUGGAUACAACAAAGGACAGACAAAUAUCUGCCUCUCAUCCCAAACCAAAAAGUGUAGAUAGUAGGAGAAAGGAAAUAAACUCCAAAUUCAAAGUGAAAGACUCCUUCCCAUCCCAGUUUAAAGGUAAUUUGGUGAGCACAUCUGAUAAAACUGCCAAUCUCAAAAUUAUGGAUCAAGCACUCAACAGAGUGGCUUUAAAAACUGGUGAAACAGCCAUAAAGGAGUCAGUACGUGAUAUUGCUGAUGAUCCUUGGGAGCUAGCCGUCAAAUCUUUGAAACCUCAUCAGUCAUGUCUGACUAAACCAAGUGCCUCUAUUCCAAAACGGCAAGUCAUUCAACUUCAAUUACCUGGAGAAAAUAGAUCUGGCUAUCUGCGUAAGCUGGAUGCUGGAGUCAAAAGGUUCAAGCCUCCAAAGCUUGAUGACUGGUAUAGACCCAUUUUGGAGAUAGAUUACUUUGUCACAGUAGGGUUAGCAUCUGCAAGCAAAGAUGAGAGUCAAACUGUUAAUAAAUUAAAGGAGGUUCCCAUGUGUUUUGAAUCACCUGACCAAUAUGUUGACAUUUUCCGGCCAUUGGUUUUGGAAGAAUUUAAAGCACAGUUACAUAGUUCCUUUCUAGAAAUGUCUUCAUCUGAAGGCAUGUGUUGUGGCAGUGCAUCUGUUUUGUCAGUUGAGAGGAUUGAUGACUUUCAUCUUGUUCGCUGUGUUCAUGAUGGCAGUGAUUCUGCAGCCUAUAGAACCUUUUCAGAAAAUGACCUUGUUUUGCUAACCAGACAGCCCCUGCAAAAUUCUUCCCAUGAAGUUCAUAUGGUUGGAAAGGUGGAGAGACGUGAGAAAGACAGUAAGAGCAGAUCAAAUGUUCUAGUCAUCAGGUUCUAUCUUCAAAAUGGUUCUUCACGUUUGAAUCGAGCUAGAAAGCUUCUUAUUGAGCGGAGCAAGUGGUAUCUAAGUCGUGUCAUGAGCAUUACAUCUCAACUCCGAGAAUUCCAUGCACUGUCAUCAAUAAAUGAUAUCCCCAUACUACCAAUGAUCUUGAAACCUUUCAAUGGUUCUCUUGGUCGCAGUGAGUCUAGAAAACUAGAUCCGAGUAAAUUGUCCCAGCCCUUGCAGCGAAUACUUGAAUCAUCAUAUAACAGCAGUCAACUUCAAGCUAUCAGUGUUGCUAUUGCCUCUCCUGAUUCAAAGAAAAAUUUUGACUUAUCCCUUAUCCAGGGUCCACCAGGUACUGGGAAGACCAGGACUAUUGUGGCCAUCGUCAGUGGUCUGCUCGCUUCCCCUUUAAAAGGGGUUAAUAUGAAAAAUUCUGUAGAUGGAAGUGUGAAACAAAGUAGCAUAGUAUUCACCAAUUCAAGGCCGAAGAUGAGCCAGUCUGCUGCAGUUGCAAGGGCAUGGCAGGAUGCAGCCUUGGCUAGGCAAUUGAAUGAGGAUGUAGAACAGAGUUUAAAACCAAUGGGAACUUCUGUGAGACAAAGGGUGCUCAUUUGUGCUCAAUCUAAUGCUGCGGUUGAUGAGUUGGUAUCAAGAAUAUCUAGUGAAGGCCUUUACAGUAGCGAUGGGAAUAUGUACAAGCCAUAUCUUGUGAGGGUUGGAAAUGUAAAAACUGUACAUCAAAAUUCACUUCCAUUCUUUAUUGAUACACUUGUUGAUCAGCGUUUGGUGGGAGAGAGGAUGGAUCUUACUGAUCCAAAGAAUGAUUUGAGUGGGGAUACUUCAGCACUCCGGGCUAGUCUUGAAAAGUUAGUAGAACGAAUUAGGUUGUAUGAAGCCAAGCGUGCUAACUUACGGGGUAAAAACUCAGAAUUGAAGAGUUCUUUGGAUGAUGAGACUCCCAGGGUGGAUGACAUAAAGGAAACAUCUGAUGCAGAAAUUGAGGUGAAGCUACGAAGACUGUAUGAGCAAAAGAAGGAAAUCUGUAGAGACCUUGCCACUGCUCAAGCACAAGAGAGGAAAGCUAAUGAAGAAAGCAAAGCUCUCAAACAUAAAUUGCGGAAGUCCAUAUUAAGGGAAGCUGAAAUUGUGGUAGCUACAUUGAGUGGCUGUGGUGGAGAUCUAUAUGGAGUCUGCUCUGAAUCUAUAUCAACUCACAAAUUUGGCAGAUCCUCUGAAAAUCAUCUGUUUGAUGCUGUUGUGAUUGAUGAAGCUGCUCAGGCUCUGGAACCAGCUACUUUGAUUCCUCUUCAGCUUCUAAAGUCAAGUGGGACUAGAUGUAUUAUGGUUGGUGAUCCAAAGCAACUUCCUGCAACAGUUCUCUCUAGCGUUGCCAGUAAAUUUCGGUAUCAAUGCAGCAUGUUUGAGCGUCUGCAAAGGGCUGGAUAUCCUGUUACUAUGCUGACCAAACAGUAUAGGAUGCACCCGGAGAUAUGCCGUUUUCCUUCUUUGCAUUUUUAUGAUAGCAAGUUGCUAAAUGGGGAAAAUAUGUCUAGCAAAUUAGCACCUUUUCAUGAAACUGAGGGCCUUGGACCCUAUGUAUUCUUUGAUGUUGUUGAUGGCCAGGAGUCUCAUGGUAGGAACUCUGGUACAUUCUCCCUCUGUAAUGAGCGUGAGGCUGAUGCUGCGGUUGAAGUACUAAGGCUUUUCAGGAAGAGGCAUCCAUCUGAAUUUGUUGGUGGGAGAAUUGGCAUCAUAACUCCAUAUAAGUGUCAACUUUCGCUUUUGCGUUCACGGUUUUCAAGUGCUUUUGGAUCUUCCAUUACAUCCGAUAUGGAAUUCAAUACUGUGGAUGGUUUUCAAGGUCGGGAGGUCGAUAUUCUAGUGCUUUCUACAGUUAGAGCGGCAGGUCCAUGCUCUGCAGCAUCUGGGAUCAACUCAAGCAGCAUAGGGUUUGUUGCUGAUGUAAGGCGGAUGAAUGUUGCUUUGACAAGGGCCAAGCUCUCCCUGUGGAUUUUGGGUAAUGCAAGAACAUUACAGACAAACUGUAACUGGGCUGCUCUCGUUAAGGAUGCUAAAGAAAGAAAUUUGGUUAUAUCAGCUAAAAUGCCUUACCAGUCCAUGUUUAAGAAAGCUUUAAAAAACCCUAGUUCAGAAAAUUCUGAUUAUAGUUCAAGACAAUCAAGGCAUGGUAAAACUGACAUCACUAGCAAGCGUGCCAAACAAAAUGAGAAAAAUGCUAAGGAAGUCUGUGAAAGGAAAGAGAAUUCUGUCAGCAGUCAAUCACAAAUUAACAAGAGAAAAGCUGGAGAUGAACAUGACCUUUCAGCAAGGAAGGAAGAUGUCCAAAGUAACAAGAGAAGAGCCAGUGAACUAUGUGAUUUUUUAGCAAAGAAGAAAUUUCCAUCUUCAGUUGUUGCACAACGGGAUAGUAGUACCUCCAAGGAUGUGAAAUCUUCAACCAUGGGAAACAAUACUGAUGGGGAUGGUAGAAGUAAAGAAAGUAGGGAAAGGCAGCUUCACUUGAGGAGUACUCAUUUAGGCAAGGGGAAAUGUACACAUGAAAUUUCACAAACUAAUGCAGAUCGGUCUGAACAAGAAAUGGGUGAUGGCAAUAAAAUUUUGAAACCACAAGUGUUGAAAGGAACUUCAGAAUCUUUAGAUCAUGGGGGAAAUCAAAAGAGUAUGGAAGCAUCAACAUGCUCUGCUGGUAGUAUCCUUGAAGAAAACGAUGCGAGUGAUAGACGUAGGGCACUUAAGGAAGUUGACACUGCCAAAGAUGUGAUUUCAAAAAGGAAACAACAACGUGAGGCUGUUGAUGCUCUUCUUUCUUCUGCUCUUAUACCUUCAAAGAAGUCUGCAGCCUCAUUGAAGGCAGCUCCUGCUAAAAGGUCUCUUUCCCCUGCACUAAAUGCAGGUUGUGACAUCAACCUGCCUAAGCCAAGAAAAGCAAAGCAGGGCCAAAUUCGUCAACACCGUGACAAGAAGCACAGAACUGGGGAUGAAGCAUGAAAUUGUUUAAAAUUUUGAUUCAAGAUUCAUCAACACCGUGACAAGGAGCACAGAACUGGGGAUGAAGCAUGAAAUUGUUUAAAAUUUUGAUUCAAGAUCCAGAUGAAGCUGCAUGAGGAUCUUAUAACUUUCAAUGAACUGCAAAGAGAAAGUGUUGUCGACUUUCCUGCAGGCCACAUGGUAACUUACUGCUACCCUUUUAUGGUCAUAUACUACUCCCAUAAACCAUAGUUGAGAUUAAACCAUCUGGAUCACUAUCUUUUUGUGAAUUAGGAUAUUUCCAUUUUGGUGUCUUCUACAGUAGUUUCUAGCCCUUGGGAAUUACCCUUUGAUCAAUGUCAAUUUUGCCUCUAAAUUUGAGUAAAAAAACUCUGUACAUUAAUACUAUUGAUGUAAAUAUGCACAUUUUAUAGAUGAAUUUUUACUCCUUUUCUUC